UUCAUUAUCGCCCCAGCUCAUUUACUGAACAGACAUACGUCAAGUUAGUUGAAUUUCUGACCGUUUUCCUACGUUUCGUGUGUACGUUUUCAUUAAAACUCGCCCAGGUUCAUCAUCAAGUUUGGCGCCGUGAAAGAAACGCAAUUUGCAGCACAAUGUCCGUAGUGAUGCGAUCAUCGAGCUUUCGCGAGCGCUCUCCACCGGCGAUCUCCCUCGAUCAGUGGGACUUCGGAAAGAGGCCCUCGCAGGCCAUUCUCGCCAUCGAACUCAACCAUCACCGAGCUUCGUCGCGUUCGUGUUCCUCAAUGUUCCAGGAAACGUCCUCCAGUGAGUACCAACUAGGCAUCUACGGCUGGAGAAAGAAACUAUUAUACUUGAUUGUCUUUGUGCUAUCUUGGCUUCUGGUAGCAAACCUACUUCUCACGCUAUGGAUAAUAAGAGUUCUUCAUUUCUCUAUGGACGGAGUUGCUCACUUGAAGAUUGAUGAAUCGUCCGUCAAAUUUACAGCUGAUGCACACUUCCUUCGAGGGAUUUAUACUAACUAUAUACGGCACUCCGCCAAGUGGGAAGAGGCAUAUACGGAUCCAUUCCAAAAAACAAACUCCCUCGUACUUAACGCUGCAGGCGAAGUGCGAUUGCGUUCAUUAAGUCGCGACGGAAUCGUUAAUGAAGUUGUUGUGGGCGAAUCAAAAUUUUUCGUCAAAUCCGACGACUUCAGUGUCUUCAGUUCCGGCGAAGAGCUCCUACUACGCGUUACAAAUGACACACUCUACGUCAAACAAGCUACUGUUCACGUUGAGAAUGGAGUACGUUUGGAAAAAUCAUUGCAGACCCCACAAAUUACCAGUGGCGAGGAGUUGCUUAUAGAGAGUCCCAUGGCACGGCUUGGCGUACAGGCUCCGGGGCCUGUGCUUGUCGAGUCCCGCGCAGGGGAUAUCUAUUUGGCUGCCUAUGAUACUCUUACGCUUGAUUCGCGAGAUCAGAUCUACUUUGACAGUUCGGAUAUUCGUUUAAGCGGAUUGUCGGCGGCAGCAACCUCCAUUGAAAAAACGAGUUUGUAUAGUAACAACGCCUCGGAAAAUUCAGCGGAAGUAUUAGCAUUUCCGCUCUGCAUCUGUGCACCCAGCGGGAAGCUAUUCCUCGGCAGUCUUAGUGGCAAUUGCACUCCCACCAACCAUAUCUGUUAAACUUUCAGCCAGAAGAAACACGAAGAAUGGGGGAAUUGCGACUUGUAUUAGGAGAGGAUAGGGGGAAGUAAAGGGAAAAAUACCAAAGGUUACUUGAGUAGGUUAUUAACUUGAUUGAGUUAUCGAUGGAUACCGUACACUCCAAUCAUACUAUUGCAGAUAGAAAAUGUAUUCCAUCGAUGGAGGCUUUAUUUCUAGGUAUCUAUCGUAAUAAAUAGCCGAGCAUACUAUAAAAUGCGUCUGGAAUAGUAUAAACUUUGCCAUUGUAAGUCGACAGAAGUGCUUCUAUAGAGUAGAUGCGAUUCAAAUGACCUACAAUUUUUGUUACAAACGUAGUCCUUACUUGUACUAUAACUGAAAUGGACAGAAUGCUAGUAUGAAAAAGCUGACGUAUGUUAAAUUUCAAGCCUGAAUAAUCUGUAUUCGUAUAUCGGGACGAAUAUCCCACCGAAUACGGUCACGGCAUUCGUCUUGUAAUUUUGAUGCAUUUGUAAAUAUGUUUUAUACAUAAAUAUCUAACAAUGUUUAUUUUGUUUGUGAGUAGAUAAAAAAGCUCAGCAAAAUUUAUUGGACGAAAUACAAUAAUAUUGUGAGCUGUAUAUAUAGUAACAGAUGCAUGCAUAGUUAGCACCCAAGGUAUAGAGAUUAUGUCAGCAUUAAUAAUCCAAUAAGAUUUUUUUUGCAUGUUUUUAUGACGCAAAUGAUUUGCACGGGGAAAGGCUGAAAUCACUGUUCUUAAUCACGCUCGAAUAUACACGCUCCACACAACUGUGAAAUACAGUAAAUUUUCACUAAAACGUCCUAUUAAUGGACGAGAAGUUCCAAUGUGUUUAAGGGAAUUGGUUGCACAUAUACCAUACCGUAUUAUUUAUAUAUUAGUGUAGCUUAUUAAUUUAAGUUCACCAUUUUUUUCUGAAACAUCUCGCAAACUACCUAGAAUAUCACAUUUGCGCUUGAAACCAAGGGCAUGACAUAUUAAUUCGUUUACAAAAAAAUGCAUGAAUCCAGGCUUAGAGUACACAACACUGGGUUGAUCACCUAGACAUAUUCCACACGUUUACACGUAAUGGUUUACUUUGUCAAACCUAGAGUAACCUAACAGAUUGACCUCUAAUCAAAGAAACAAGUUUUCACGGUGAGUGUAACACUCAAAAUGGGGGAAUAAUAUGCUUACGCGCGUCAGUUCUUGAACUCAUGUCCGAUAGUUGAAAGAAUAGAUAGAGCCUUAUUUUUUCAAAUAAAGGUUACCAUACAAAGCGUGAAAGGCGAACAGGUAAGAAUUAUGUGUGCACUUUACAGUUUCAGGCAUUAUAUUGAUUAUGGAAACAAUAGAUCCAAUAUAAGUAUGUGGAACAUAUACUCUAUCGUACUGCGAUUGUUUGAUGAUUUAAGUAAAAGUCGUCUAUUUGUUUUAAUAAAUUGUAAUAAUUUUAGAAGCAUCACGCACAAACAAAAACUUUCAUUUGAAAAGGGUUAAACCGAACAAUUAUGAAUUCCAUUCGGCCAGACAUUUAGCGUAGCUCCUAGGAUAUCUGAUUAGGAGAGCACAGCCAAAUGUCACCUCUUCAUGAGAGGACCGGCAUGAAUAUAUUAUACGUAACUGUGUAGUCGUGCAUUUUUUUUUAUUAAGAAGCAUUUCUGCGUGUUUCAGAGUUGCAACCAAUGUAAGAUUCACAGCAGUUUAGAGCUACAAAGUAAACUCUGCAAACACCUUCUGAACUUUCUUUUAAUCAUGAAAAGGACAUAGGUCAGUCUGAAAACAAUUACUUAAGAAAUAUGUAGAUUUUGAAACAUUGUAUCAUUAAGAAAUAAGUAUCUUGAUGUUCAAAUCUUCCGGAAUGACGUGAAUGAAAUAGAUUUAGUUUUAAAAAGUCUCGCCGAGUAUCUUAUGGCGGGUCUCAUAAUCCAAUCUUUAUCGUCUCAAACCCGUUUUGAAGCAGCAGGUGUAAAACUUUGAGGUCAUCAAGGAGCUUACUUUUUUGUCACUUUAACCUAGUAACCACAGUUUGUGCUCCAAAUUCUGUUACAGCUUUCAUACACUUUUAUAGCGAAAUUUACGGAACGAGCUGUGGCAGGGUGAUACAUAUAUAUAAUGCGGAAAAAUAGCAAAUUGCUAAAUUGAAAUUAUGUGUUAUAAACGCCAUAUUGCUCAUUUUUCCAGAAUAAAUUAAUACUGUUAGCCCGUCCACUGUGCCUUUCUUUGUAGACUGGCAUGUAGAAUCAAGGAAAUUAUAA